UUUUUAUUGGAAGAAAAACAAAUUCAAAUUUCAAACGUUCAAAUUCUUGCAAUAAAAAAAAGCUGCCACCUUUUCUUGCAACAAUAUAGCUCUUCACUCUCUCCAACAGUUCUUGAUCUUGAAAACCGGAGCUUCCAUUUAUAAUCAUUGUUUUUUCAUUUCUAGCACCGUUUAGUGCUUACUUUACCAUUCAAACAGCUCCUCUUCAAAUUCAAAUUCCUGCUUUCUGUUCCAUUUAAGACAAGCCCAUGUUCUUGUUUUGAUUUUUUAGCUUUCUUAGCUUCUUUGAUGAAGAAAACCCAUUUUUGAGCUUCAAAAACUUACGGGUUUUGAUUCUUUUUAGCUUGAAUGAUCAAAACCCUUUUGUUUUUCAUGUUCGUUUUAUAGAGGAGAAAGUUUGAUCAAUUUUUGUUCAACAAAAUGAGAGAAGAAAACCCAGUUGAAACUAAAACAAAAGCAACAAGAUUUGCUGAUCAAAACCAAGCACCAAAGUCACAAAACACUAAAGGAAACAGCAACAACAAUGCUUCAAAGAUCAAGUCUUCAUGGGGUUCACAUAUAGUGAAAGGCUUCACGGCUGAUAAAAAAACCAAAACACAAACAAUCACAGUAACAACCAAGAAACUUCCAUUAGCAAGUUCAGAUAUUACAAACCAAAAGAACCUCCUUGUGAAUUCUCAUUCAAGAGUGAAAAGAUCACUCAUUGGUGAUUUAUCUUGCUCAGUUACAGGAAGCCAGAUACACCCACAUGCCUACCAGGGUAAUCACAGGAGACAAUCUUCAGGGUCAAGAGAUUUGUUUGUGGAAUUAGACCAAUUAAGGAGCUUGCUUCAAGAAUCAAAAGAAAGGGAGUUUAAGUUGCAAGCAGAGUUAUCAGAGCUUAAGAGGAAUGGGAGAGUAGUUGAUAUUGAAAGGGAACUUGAAGCAAGAAAAAAUGAGGUGGAUGAGCUUUGUAAGAGAAUUGGGGUUUUGGAGUCUGAAAAAAGUGGUCUUUGUGAACAAGUGAACGAGUUGUGUUUGAUUUCACAGAAGAGAAACGAAGAGGUAUUGAAAAGGGAAGGGCAUGAGAGUUCAUUGGGGAAUCUUGAAAUGGAAGUUGUGGAAUUGAGGAGGUUGAAUAAGGAGCUGCAGAUGGAUAAGAGGAAUCUUGCUUGCAAACUCUCUUCUAUGGAGUCUCAAAAACCUUCCCUUGCCAAGGCUUCUGAGAGUGACAUUGUUGCAAAAAUUAAGGCUGAGGCAUCUUUGCUAAGGCACACAAAUGAAGAUUUGUGCAAACAAGUUGAGGGUCUACAGAUGAGCAGACUAAAUGAGGUUGAGGAGCUAGCCUAUCUGAGGUGGGUCAAUUCAUGUUUAAGAGAUGAAUUGCGUAAUUCAUGCUCAACAAUGAAUUCAGAUAAGUCCUCAAGCCCCAAAUCGGUAGAGAGGAGUGACGAAUCUGCUGGCUUAAUGUCUUGCCAGAGUAGUGACUGCUUGGAAUAUAAUAGUAAAAGGAGAUUAAAUUUGAUUAAAAAGUUGAAGAAAUGGCCUAUUACUGAUGAAGACGUGCCAAACUUAGAAUGCCAAGAUAAAAAUUGGGUGCAAUCGGAAGAUGGGAGAAGUCCAAGAAGAAGACACUCUAUAAGUGGAUCAAAGUUCUGUAUAGAGGAGUUGGUACCGAAUAGGAGAAGGCAAUCUGAUGGUUUUAUGUGUAUAAAAGAAAUGGAAAAUGAAGUAGAGCUUGUAAGUUCUGAAAAGUAUGAGUUUGAUAUAAUUCAAAGACCUCAAAUCCUUGCAUACUGCCAAGAGACCAAAAAAAUUUUAGGUCCAUUAGAUGUUGAGAAAAGGGCUUUGCGUGUUCCAAAUCCCCCACCAAGACCCUCAUGUUCUGUUUCUGGACCUAAAGAGGAAGGUUCGGCUCAAGUUUCACUCCCACCACUGCCUCCACCACCUCCUCCUCCACCACCACCUCCAAAGUUCUCAGUGAAGAACACUACUGCAGGAGUGGUGCAGCGAGCACCUCAAGUCGUAGAGUUUUACCAUUCAUUGAUGAAGAGAGACUCAAGAAAGGAGUCUUCAAAUGGAGGAAUCUGUGAUGCCUCAGGUGUUGCAAAUGUUCGGAGCAACAUGAUUGGUGAAAUUGAAAACCGAUCAUCACAUUUGAUUGCUAUCAAGGCAGAUGUUGAAACUCAAGGGGAAUUUGUCAAUUCACUGAUCAGAGAGGUCAAUGGUGCUGUUUACCGAGACAUCGAAGAUGUUGUGGCAUUUGUGAAGUGGCUUGAUGAUGAACUUGGCUUUCUUGUGGAUGAAAGGGCAGUCCUGAAGCACUUUGACUGGCCAGAAAAGAAAGCUGACACAUUGAGAGAAGCAGCGUUUGGGUAUAGUGAUCUUAAGAAGUUGGAAUCUGAAGUAUCAUAUUACAAGAAUGAUCCCAGAGUUCCUUGUGACAUUGCACUAAAGAAAAUGGUUGCUUUGUCUGAGAAGAUGGAACGCACUGUUUAUAACCUUCUACGAACAAGAGAGUCUUUGAUGCGUAAUUGCAAAGAAUUCCAAAUUCCCUCAGAUUGGAUGCUUGACAACGGAAUUAUUAGCAAGAUAAAGUUUGGCUCAGUUAAGUUGGCAAAGAAGUACAUGAAGAGGGUAGCUACAGAAAUCCAGUCUAAGGCAGCAGCACUAGAGAAAGACCCUGCUCUGGACUAUAUGCUACUUCAAGGGGUCAGAUUUGCUUUCAGAAUCCAUCAGUUUGCUGGAGGAUUUGAUGCAGAAACAAUGCAUGCAUUUGAGGAACUUCGCAACCUUGCUCACCUGCUUAACAAAAAGUAAAAGAGAGUGGGGGCGAUUUGUCUUACCACCUCAGUAAGCUUUACUUGAAUAUAAUAUCAUCUGGCCGGGGUAGUGUAUUUAUGGUGUGGUUUGCUAAGGGUUUUAAACAGUUGAAAGUUGUACAAGUUUUGUGUGAAAUAGGAAGCAAUUUUGUUUGGGCUUUUA